AUGAAAGGUUCUCCAAUAAAUCGAAUGAAAGCUCAUGGUUAUGAUAAGGCGUAUGUCUCUGCCACCGAGACUUCUUCGGUAUAUUGUGACCUUUCUCUUCAUAAUCACAGUACUAGCACCAUCUUCAGAUUCUUCAAUCAUACAAAAUGUUCAUGCAAAGUGUACUUAUUGUUAUUCUCUUUACCAGGCGUCCGCAGAAGAUUACGGAAACCGAGCAAAGUAUCCACUUCAGUAACAACCAGUGUAUCUAGAUCCACGGAUCAGGUGAUAUCGGCUAGCGUUAACAGGCCAAAGAUCCGUGGCCGGCCCAGUGUCGCUAGCCGCAAGUCAUCUGCGGCCAUAGACAAUUCUGUUGGCACUGAGGACCAUAAAGAUAAAGAUGGUUACAAGAUCGUCUGCUACUACACGAACUGGUCUCAGUACAGAACAAAAAUUGGUAAAUUCACACCCGAGGACAUACAGCCAGAUCUUUGCACUCACAUCAUUUUCGCCUUCGGAUGGAUGAAGAAAGGAAAACUCGGCUCCUUCGAAUCCAACGACGAGACCAAGGAUGGCAAAGUUGGGCUUUACGACAGAAUAAACGAACUGAAAAAAGCUAACCCUAAAUUGAAGACUCUUCUUGCUAUAGGCGGCUGGUCCUUCGGUACUCAAAAGUUUAAGGAAAUGUCAGCGACUCGCUACUCGAGACAGACGUUCAUAUACUCAGCUAUACCGUACCUCAGGGAUAGAAACUUUGACGGUUUAGAUGUGGACUGGGAGUACCCUAAGGGUGGAGACGACAAGAAGAACUACGUGUUGUUGUUAAAAGAAUUACGCGAAGCAUUCGAAGCUGAAGCGCAAGAAGUGAAGAAACCUCGUCUUCUCCUGACCGCAGCUGUUCCAGUCGGACCUGACAACAUCAAAAGUGGUUAUGAUGUUCCCGCUGUUGCUAGUUACUUGGACUUCAUAAACGUCAUGGCUUACGACUUCCACGGUAAAUGGGAGAGGGAGACAGGACACAACGCACCUCUUUAUUCUCCAUCAUCAGAUUCGGAAUGGAGAAAACAGCUGUCAGUAGAUCACGCCGCCCACUUGUGGGUCAAACUUGGUGCUCCCAAGGAGAAACUUGUUAUUGGGAUGCCAACCUACGGGCGAACCUUCACCCUGUCCAACAAGAACAAUUUUAAAGUAAAUUCCCCGGCGAGUGGUGGCGGUAAGGCUGGGGAGUACACAAAGGAGGCGGGCUUCCUGGCGUAUUACGAGGUUUGUGAAAUUUUGAAAAAUGGUGGUGCUUAUGUUUGGGAUGAAGAAAUGAAAGUUCCCUACGCCAUUCAAGGAGACCAAUGGGUCGGCUUUGACGAUGAGAGGUCCAUAAGAAACAAAAUGAGGUGGAUCAAAGACAAUGGUUUUGGCGGUGCCAUGGUAUGGACAGUUGAUAUGGAUGACUUCUCUGGGUCUGUCUGCGGUGGAGACGUGAAGUACCCUCUGAUUGGUGCUAUGAGGGAGGAACUUCGUGGUAUAUCUCGUGGUAAAGACGCGAAGGAUGUGGAUUGGUCUAAAGUAGCUGCCAGCGUCAUCGUGGAAGUGACAGAGAAACCUUCACCCAUCAAACUCAGCGUGUCGGAGAUACAAGAGAAACUUAGUAAAAUCAAGAAACCCACAAAGACUCACGUUAUUAAAAAUAACAACGCUGUAGCGAUUGACAAGAACAGACGUGAUCCACAAAUCCUUUGCUACCUGACCUCCUGGUCGUCUAAACGGCCCAGUGCUGGUCGUUUUAUGCCAGAGAACGUUGACCCAACACUCUGUACUCACAUUAUAUACGCCUUCGCUACACUCAAGGAUCACAAACUCUCGGAAGGCGACGAAAAGGACUCAGAAAUGUACGACAAAGUGGUCGCUUUAAGAGAAAAGAACCCUAACUUGAAGGUAUUAUUGGCAAUCGGAGGCUGGGCGUUCGGUUCGACACCCUUCAAAGAACUCACGUCCAACGUGUUCCGCAUGAAUCAAUUUGUUUACGAAGCCAUCGAGUUUCUGAGAGACUAUCAGUUCAACGGGCUGGAUAUUGACUGGGAAUAUCCAAGAGGUGCUGACGACAGGGCUGCAUUUGUUUCUUUACUUAAAGAACUUCGAUUGGCCUUUGAAGGAGAAGCGAAGACUUCAGGUCAACCUCGUCUCUUGCUGUCUGCUGCUGUUCCAGCCUCCUUCGAAGCUAUUGCGGCUGGAUAUGACGUCCCUGAAAUAUCUAAAUAUUUGGAUUACAUAAACGUGAUGACGUACGACUUCCACGGUCAAUGGGAACGUCAAGUUGGUCACAACAGCCCCCUUUUCCCGCUCGAAAGUGCCACAAGCUACCAGAAGAAACUCACCGUGGACUAUUCAGCUCGGGAGUGGGUUCGUCAAGGUGCACCCAAGGAAAAGCUGAUGAUAGGAAUGCCGACAUAUGGAAGGUCAUUCACUUUGAUCAAUGAAACUCAAUUUGAUAUCGGAGCACCCGCCUCCGGAGGUGGUCUAACGGGUCCAUUUACAAACGAGGCUGGCUUUAUGUCAUACUAUGAGAUCUGCGAUUUCCUCCGUGAAGAUAACACGACCCUGGUCUGGGACAACGAACAGAUGGUACCCUUCGCGUACCGACAGGAUCAAUGGGUUGGAUUUGAUGAUGAAAGAUCACUCAAGACUAAGAUGGCAUGGCUCAAAGAAGAAGGUUUUGGUGGUAUCAUGGUAUGGUCCGUGGACAUGGAUGACUUCCGAGGUUCCUGCGGUACCGGCAAAUACCCGCUCAUAACCACCAUGAAGCAGGAGCUUGGAGACUACAAAGUCAGACUGGAGUAUGACGGCCCUUAUGAAUCAUCCAACCCUAAUGGCCAAUACACUACUAAAGAUCCCACCGAAGUGAUUUGCGAAGAGGAGGAUGGCCACAUUUCCUAUCACCCAGAUAAGGCUGACUGCACCAUGUAUUACAUGUGUGAAGGUGAACGUAAACACCAUAUGCCAUGCCCUUCGAACUUAGUCUUCAACCCCAACGAAAACGUCUGCGAUUGGCCUGAAAACGUCGAAGGUUGCACUCACCACACCCAAGCACCACCUGCCAAAAGGUAA